CCUCUUUCCCCCAUCUAAAAAUUCCUUCACUACGCCCAUAAUACGCCCUCUGCUGUCUAGGUCUCUAGUAGAUACCUUUGACAUGGUAUGGCCCUGCCUCUUGAUAUUUCAGGGGCAGAAUGGACUUGCACAAUGAGCCUCGCUGGCAGUGGCCGUCAAGAUCCUCUCCUAAUCCCCUGAACUCGAAGACCGAUCAGCCUUCUGAAGAUGCUGGAGACCCCAAUGGUUCGGAUGUUCCUGGAUCGGAGGACUCCGAGAGGCAUUACCCUCCUCGCGUAUGUCGCAUUUGCUUGGAAACAGUUCUUCCGACCUUCCGUCCUCCAUCCGAGAACCUCCCCGAGUUCCUCCAAUCCAGACCGCGAGUGGUCUACGAGUCUUCGGAUCCGGAGUCUGGUCGGCUUUUACGCCCUUGCAUGUGUAAGGGGUCCUCACGAUUUGUCCACGAGGGCUGUUUGCAGACCUGGCGACAUGCGGAUCCCGCUUAUGGAAAAAGGAACUACUGGCAGUGUCCGACCUGCAAGUUCCAAUACCGGUUGGAGCGACUCCGAUGGGGACGUUGGAUCAGUAGUGCUGGCUCCCAACUUAUCUUGACUUUGGGCAUUUUGCUUUUAACCGUAUUUUUGUUUGGUUUUAUUGCUGACCCAAUCAUAAAUCUCUACGUGGACCCUUUGGAUACCAUCUAUUAUGCGGAUGUUUGGGAUUCUGGGGCUGAACGUGGUGCCCUCCGUGCUGAACAGAGGCGUUCGUGGGUUGAGCACUUUGUCAAAGGACUGGCUUCCUUGGGGCUCUUGUCCUUCAUAAAGGCUAUACUUGCAUCUUCCCCAUUGACUUGGUUGAAUCUACGCAGCUCUGGCGUAGUCGGUGGUGGUAGGAAUACUGGCAGAAGCCGGGUUGCGUCUCUCAACUGGGCGAUUAUUUUGAUUGGGGUUGGGACUUUUCUCUGGGCUGUCUACAAAGGUGUAAAAGCAUUGUGCCGGAGAACUUUGGAAAAGGCCGGAGAACGGGUCAUGGAUGUUCGACUGCCUGAAGAUGACGAUGAAGAUGAGAUACAUCCAUCCGGUCGAACCCCACAGCGGUCCAAAAAGGACGAUUAACGCUGGCCCCAACACGCCGACUCCAAUGUAAUAUCUCUCCAAAUAUUCCCGACUGCGCAAACAUAAUCAACCCCGAAAUAAGUUGUCUUGUUCAAAACAUUCCAGCCUUGAUAAACAAAGUCUCGCACUACUUUGAGUUGUCACAAUCCUUUCAAUGAUGUGCCAAUCAGUCAAUGUGCGAAGAUUAAAAUCGGUCUUCUUUAACCUCUGGCUAUUGUUUGAAAAGUAGAACGCUGGAGUAGAGCGUCUUGUUCUCUCCUUUAUGUUCUACUUUAUCCAAUCAAGCAAUUUCCAUUGGGAAGACCUAACCGUGUUUCGACCAAUUGGGCCGUUGUUAACAGUGAACGUUUUUGGAUCGAGGUACGGUACAUCGCCUUGUAUAGCGUAGUUUAUAUCCAUUUGAUAA